UGUUGGUGAUGAGUGCAUCGAAGAGUCUAGGCCAUCAGAGUGGAGCAUCCGACAGUCGCAGUCUUGCCGACAGUCGCAGUCUUGCUGAUCGCUUGGAAUUGACGUCGUACACGCGUAGGGACGACGGCGGCACGAAGGCGUCGUAUCUCGAUCCGAACGACCGGACCAAGUCGAUGGUCGAGAUAUGGAUACCUUUCAGUGGUGACGAACAAGAUGAGAACGGAAAGGCGUAUCUCAAGCGUACGGCAACACUUCCAGCCAAAAUCAAUCUCAUCAGAGGUGACGACACCGACGGGGCGACGAGAGAGAGGCAUAUGAGUGAGCCUCAGUACGCUCCGAGUGAAGAUGAUGAUGCUUAUCGGAAGGAUUCGCUGGUGAGCGGUAGUGGGUUCAGUACGACCUCGUCCGAUCCUCUUUACGGCACGCUGAGAUCGCAGAGCAGCUGGAAGAAUGCUCCGCAUUCGAUUACGAGUUUGGGUUCGACCAUGGCCAGUCCGUACGACCGUUACACGCUGAGAGACGAAGAGAGACGAGAGAAGAAGAAACGUCGUUGGCCGCUUUUGCUUUGCUGUCUGGCGCUUGUUAUUCUCAGCAUAUUGGCUGUUGUGCUAGCCGUCCUGCUGACAACUGUGCUGAAAUGUAAGACAAACAACACUCACAUCACAUCACAUCACAACACAACACAACAGCACAUCACGACACAUCAAAACACAACACAACACAACACAUCACAACACAACACAUCACGACACAACACUGCGAGUCCACACGAGGCGUCUACACCUGCUCCAUUGGUGGCCAUUGGAAAGACACCCGACAAUUCAACUCAAGGUACAAAACCUUACUCAUGUUAG